AUGGACGAAGGGAAGAUGGACGAGAAUGAAUGGGGGUACCACGGCGAAGGCAACAAGAGUCUGGUAGUGGCCCACGCGCAGCGUUGUGUGGUGCUGCGCUUUCUGAAGUUUCAUCCAAAUAGGAGUAAGGCCUCAGAAGAAAUAUUUCAGCACCUACAGAACAUAGUGGACUUUAGCAAAAAUGUCAUGAAGGAGUUCUUUGGGGAGAACUAUGUUCACUCUGGGGAAGUUGUUCAACUGCCUUUAGAUUUUGUGAAGCAGCUUUGUUUAAAGAUACAGGCCAAAAGACCAGAAUCUCGCUGUGACAAGGACCUGGACACUCUCAGUGGUUAUGCUAUGUGCCUUCCUAACUUGACCAGACUUCAGACCUACCAUUUUGUGGAGCAUCGGCCAAUUCUAUGUGUAGAGAUUAAGCCGAAAUGUGGGUUUAUUCCUUUCUCCAGUGAUGUUACACAUGAGAUGAAGCAUAAAGUGUGUCGUUACUGCAUGCAUCAGCACCUCAAGGUAGCAACUGGAAAGUGGAAGCAGAUAAGUAAAUACUGCCCCCUCGAUCUCUACUCAGGAAAUAAACAAAGAAUGCACUUUGCCUUGAAAAGUUUGUUACAGGAAGCACAGAACAACUUAAAGAUAUUCAAGAAUGGUGAAUUAAUCUAUGGAGGCAAAGAAGCGCGGGACUGUGUGGCUGACUGGAGCGAACUUGCGCACCAUCUGAAGCCUUUCUUCUUCCCUUCCAACGGGCUGGCCAGCGGGCCACACUGCACCAGGGCUGUGAUCCAGGAGCUGGUUCAUGUCCUCACACAGGUGCUACUGAGUGGCACCGACAAGAACCGACCAAGUGUCUGGAGAGCUAUGCCCACCACACAGGGCCCACAAGCCUGCGAAGCCAGCCCCUUCAGCAGGCAGCUGCGCUUUCAAGGAAAAAACACCCCAGAGCACUCAGGGUUACCUAAGGGCUGUCUUCUGUACAAGACCCUCCAAGUGCAGAUGUUGGACAUGCUGGACAUCGAGGGCCUCUACCCUCUGUACAGCCGGGUUGAACGCUACCUGCAGGAGUUUCCUGAGCAGAGAAAAACAUUACAAAUAGAUGGGCCUUACAAUGAAGCAUUUUAUCAGAAGUUGCUUGAUCAUUCUACUGAAGAUGAUGGGACACUGGCCUAUGCGUUAACAAAGGUGCAGCAGUACCGCGUUGCCAUGACCGCCAAGGACUGCUCCAUCAUGAUCACCCUCUCCCCUUGCCUGCAGGAUGAACGCCCUGGUCAAAGACCCAUCGUUCCUUCGUCGAAAUCCCGUCUUGCCUUCUCUGUGUCUGUGCUGGACCUUGACCUCAAGCCCUACGAGAGCAUUCCUCACCAGUACACACUGGAUGGCAAGAUUGUCAGCUACUACUCAAAGACUGUGUGUGCCAAGGAUGCUGCCACGGCCACGCCACCCAGAUUCAAGGGAAAUGAGGACUGCACACUCCUUCUCCACAAAGUCUAA